GUAAGUGUCCAACUUUGUACUGCAUUCUAAUUCUGCCUGUAGUUGGGAGAAAAUGGAGUCUCUUCUCAGGAUAUUUACCCGGGCCUACCGUUGAGAAAGUUCGAUACAUUAUCGUAUGGAUUGUGCAACAAAGGAUUGGAUAUACAGUUUUCCCGAAAAGCGUAUUUGGUUGGAUUCUUUCUCGGAUUAAAGCCGAAUGAUACUUUUAUCACAUGGCGCAGAUGGGAGCCAGAACGGUUUGGGGCAAGGGUACCCUUGUCACCCCUUACAUGACUUGGAAUAAGGAGGAGAGUGACCCCUAAAACACAAACACCAUGGCACGCCAGUGGGAUUUCUAUCAGUAGGAGCCAGCCACACAGAGACAAACAAAAACAGUAAUACAGAGCGAGAAAGACAAAUCUCAAUCUCACAUAUUUUUGCAGAGCUUAGGAGUGUGUGUGUGUGUGUGUCAGUUUUUGGGUGAGAAUUUGAGUGUGUGUUCCUUAGACUUAAACAGGAGUGUCAUGAGGCCCAAGACGUUCCCCGCUGCUCCGUACAUGGGCAACACGCGCCAGCGCCUCCAGGAGAUCAAGGAGGGGCUAAAGCAGCCGGCCAAGCUGAUGAGCCAGGCCCUCCACGGGGGCAGCUCCCGGGGCGAGGGGGGCCGCGGGGCCGAAAGCAAGAGCAAAGACCCCGGCAGUCGCCAGCAGCAGCACCGGCCCCCUCAGAAGUUCAACAAUUACCAGAAUGCUCUGAGGGAGAUCCGCAAGUCCCUCAGGCCGUUUGAAUACAAGUCUGGACCCUCUUCUGGCUCUGCCCACCCCGCUGGAGACGUCAACCGACAGAUGCUGCAGGAGCUGGUCAAUACUGGCUGUGACCAGGAAAUGGCGGUGCGGGCUCUGAAGCAGACGGGCAGCAGAAACAUCGAGGCUGCUCUGGAGUACAUCAGUAAGAUGGGAUACCUGGACCCACGCAAUGAACUCAUCGUCCGGAUUAUCAAGCAGACCUCGCCAGGCAAAGGGGGCAUGCCAAACUCAAUUGACCACAGACCACCAUUGGAGGGAACAAGUGAGGGUGCCAUGCCUCCCUACCACCAGAUGGGGGCAUCGAUGUAUGAGGGUGCUGGCUAUGGGCCAGAGGGGCCCUACAUGGGUGCCCCUCCUGUUAUGAACUACAUGAUCCCCCCCUCGGGCACAGCACAGGGCCCUGCCAUGGUUAACCCCAUGGGACGCCCGCCCAGUAUUGGAGCCUACCCUCCAUCCAUGGUCGCCCAGAACAAUCCAGGGAACCCCAUGUACCCCCCAGGUGCCCCGCAAAAGGCCUACCCAGGCAGCAUGGAGCAGGCCAUGAUUGGCUACAGCGUCCCUGGCCAGCCCCUGCAGCCCCAGGCACCAGGAGGCCCCAUCCCCGUACCCCACUACGACUACGGCCACGGCCGGCCUCACAUGAUGGAGCCCUCGGGCUACGGCAUCAAGAGGAGCGCAUCCUUCCAGAACAAGAUGCCACCGCUGGCGCCGGACAACUACGUCAACAUGCAGGUUAAAGGGGCCAUGGGCCAGAACGGGGGAGGGUACCCCCCUAACCUGUACCUACCGCCCCACUCACACCCCCGGCAGUCCAGCCCCACCUCACACCAGGUCCACAUGAUGUCCCGCUCGCCCGGUGGAGCUGCCGCCGCCAUGGGGCCAGAUUUCUCUGACCUCCCCCAGGGCCUGCUCACGCCCUCCAGAGCCAGUCUCAACCUGGACCUGUAUGAGCAGCACCAACACCACUGGGCCGGGCCCCAGGGGCCUGAGGGGGCCCCUCCAGCCAGGCAACCCCAGCCUCAGGGGCCCUUCCGGGGAGAGGUGCGAGUCCCCAGCAGGACCAACUCCUUUAACAACCGAUCAGCGCCCCCCAACAACGUCCGGCCCACUUUGGUACCUCCAGCUCCCGGCAAGCAGGACCCGUCCCUGGGUCCACCCAACACCAUCACGGCGGUGACGUCGCCCCCCAUCCAGCAGCCGGUGAAGAGCAUCCGGGUGAUGAGGCCAGAACCGAAGACCGCUGUGGGGCCAUGUCACCCUGGCUGGUUGGCUGCUCAGGAAGCAUCUGAGCCCCUCACCUACAUGCCUGAAGAGGCCUACGCUCUGGAGCCUGCCCAGGAGCCCCGCUGUCCACCACCUCCCUACCCCAAAACCCUGCUCAUAUCUGGGGCUUCUUCAGAGGCAGGGCCCCUGGAGGCCUCAGACCUCAACACCCCUGCUAGGCCACACGGUAGCAGUGGAGGAGGAGGGGGAAAGGCAGAAGAGAGCCAGGUGAAAGAGAAGACCAAGUCUGGAAAAGGAGAGAAGGCAGUGAAGGACAAGAAGCAGAUCCAGACAUCGCCGGUGCCGGUGAGGAAGAACGGGCGUGAUCAGGAGAAGAGGGAAUCGCGCAUUAAAAGCUACUCACCCUUCGCCUUCAAGUUCUACAUGGAGCAGCAUGUGGAGAAUGUGAUGAAGACCCACCAGGAAAAACUGAACCGCAGGCUCCAGCUGGAGCAGGAGAUGUCCAAGGCUGGCCUAUCAGAGGCCGAGCAGGAGCAGAUGAGGAAGAUGCUGAACCAGAAGGAGUCCAACUACAACCGUCUGCGCCGUGCCAAAAUGGACAAGGCCAUGUUUGUCAAGAUCAAGACACUGGGCAUCGGGGCCUUCGGCGAGGUGUGCCUGACACGCAAGGUGGACACGGGAGCCCUGUACGCCAUGAAGACGCUGCGCAAGAAGGACGUGCUCAACCGCAACCAGGUGGCCCAUGUCAAGGCUGAGCGUGACAUCCUGGCGGAGGCAGACAACGAGUGGGUGGUGCGUCUGUACUACUCGUUCCAGGACCGUGACAGCCUCUACUUCGUCAUGGACUACAUCCCCGGAGGAGACAUGAUGAGCCUGCUGAUCCGCAUGGGCGUCUUCCCCGAGCCGCUGGCAUGCUUCUACGUGGCUGAGCUGACCCUGGCCAUCGAGAGUGUCCACAAGAUGGGCUUCAUCCACCGCGACAUCAAGCCGGACAACAUCCUCAUCGACCUGGACGGACACAUCAAGUUGACCGACUUUGGCCUCUGCACUGGCUUCCGCUGGACGCACAACUCCAAGUACUAUCAGAAAGGGAGCCACAUCAGGCAGGACAGCAUGGAGCCCAGUGACUUCUGGGACGACGUGUCCAACUGUCGUUGUGGCGACCGGCUGCAGACCCUGGAGCAGCGGGCAACACGGCAACACCAGCGCUGCCUGGCACACUCCCUGGUGGGCACUCCCAACUACAUCGCCCCUGAGGUGCUGCUGCGCAAAGGGUACACCCAGCUGUGUGACUGGUGGAGUGUGGGAGUGAUCCUCUUUGAGAUGCUGGUGGGACAUCCACCCUUCCUGGCCCCGACACCCACCGAGACACAGAUAAAGGUGAUAAACUGGGAGAGCACACUACAGGUGCCCCCGCAGGUUAAGCUCAGCCCAGAGGCUGUCGACAUCAUCGGCCGUCUCUGCUGCUCCCCUGAGGAGCGUCUUGGGAGCAAUGGCGCCGGCGAGAUCAAGACUCACCCCUUCUUCGACCAGAUGGACUUCUCCAGCAACCUGCGCACCCAGCCCGCCCCCUACCGGCCCAAGAUAGCCCACCCCAUGGACACAUCCAACUUCGACCCGGUGGAGGAGGAGGGGGGUCCCGGGGCGUGGAGUGACAGCGGGGACAGCACACGGGCCUGGGAGACCCUCUGCACACCACACGGGAAACACCCGGAGCACGCUUUCUACGAGUUCACCUUUCGCAGGUUUUUUGACGACAACGGCUGCCCCUUCCGCUACCCCAAGCCCCCUGAGAUCAGCCACAGCCAGGGGCCUCCCAGCAGUAGCAGAGCCAGCAGCAUGGGCCCUGAGGAGGAAGAGGAAGAGGAGGAGGAAGAGCAGGGGGAGCCUGUGUAUGUGUAGAAGAGCCCAGACUGUUGGCUUUCUGAACUAUGACCCCCCUUCUCUCUCUCUCCAACAAUCAACACUUAGCACCUGGGGCCCUGGCUGCCAACUUUGUAUCUACCGCUGUUCUUCUCAGAGGGUGUGUGCGUGUGCGUGCGUGCGUCUAUAUUUGUGUGUGUUUGAGAGACUGAACAGGAUGACCUGACAUCUGUUUAACAAUUCAGACACUACUGUGUGGAAUCUCCAGCGUGAGCAAAGACUACAAUAAGAAUCCCUGAUCUGGGACCAAGAACAACUAACUGUACAAGGGCUAGGGAUUGGAUAAUGAAGCCAGAGGACUGUUCUGAAAGCAAAUGAAUCAGAACAGGAACAGAUCUUCUAUGGAAAUGAAAGUAUCCGCUGCGCUGUGGAAGUUUACAAAAGUGUUCAGAUAAGAGUUUGACACUAGGACCGUUACUAUGGGUGGUCCUUGUGCUCUAUCCCAUUCCUUCGCCUUGGGUCUUAGAGAUCUCUUCUUCCAGGUUAACCUUACCCCAGGAAGUUAACACAAACACUUCCUGGACGUCAGGUUGGUCUGGACUGAAUUAGCUGGUGGUAGUGGGGAAGAAUGCAACACUUCUUACACAGCUGUGACAAAAUAAGUUACCAAAAUACAAAUUCACAUGCGCACAUGAACACUUUAAAGGAUGGUUGAACUACACAAUUUAGCAGGAAGCAAUGGGGUUGUCCUCUGCAGCUAACCCAUCUAAAGCCUUGAGCAUACCGAUUGUGUAAAACUGUAUGCGUUCCGACAGAAGUCCAUUAAUUUCAGUGGAAGGCAAUUCUCACCUCUGGGACUCAUCUGCCAGACUCGGUUGCGAUGCUUGUCGCUGCGUGUAGUGUGUUGCAUGCAUGUGUUGGAUUUUUCCAACUUGUGCUGUUGCUUUGUCAUGCGGUAUUAGGAACAGAAGUAGAUAAUCAACCGAAGAAGUUGCUAAUAUGUAGCUAAUGUGUAGCCUGAUUAUUUUUAUUAUGAUGCGGUGCAUGGAUUGCGAAGACUAUGUCAAAUUUACCGUACGGCAAUGUAAUAAUGCAACCUGUGUGCACACGGCGUAAGUCGCGGCAUUUUUCAAAGUUAGAGUCUGACAUGUAAGUCUAGGCAUUCCCCAGCUGUGACUCCUACCUUUAGCUUCACACUAACUUUUUUUCCAAAUAGGAGAUGUGGGAUAAAGCUCACUUGUGUUGUUCCCACUCACCCCUAAAUAUCUUCAGGAUUCUGUUUUGAGUAUCAGACCUAGGGGAAUGGUUGUGACGGGUAAGUACUCGUAGCAGCAACAACAAAUUCCUUUGUUUUAUUGAGCUCAUUUUGCAGAGUUCUGAGGAAGGUGGACUGCAAGUGUGUAAUCAUUGCUUUGUUACAGAUAUGGAUCUCAUGAUUACAUACAUAUUUGCUAAGCAGUCACGGCUAUCCAUAUUUCCACACAACACAUACAUUACACCUGCUCUAAGACUGUCAUGAACAGUGACAUUACUGGCGCCAAGAGCAGUGCAUUUUAGCCUCCUUGACAAAAGCCCUACCUGCUAAUCCACCACUUACAAACACACGCUCAGUAUUAUACAGUUAACACAUUGGAGUGUCCACACAGUCUCCUCAGUCCAUAUGGAGACAGAUGUGAAAACUCAAUGUCAGAAACACAUGUAAUAGUAUGACUAUGUGCAAUACAGAAAAUACGAUAUAUAGUUUUCUAAACACUUACAAAUACCAUUUUGACCUUGUAAUACUGAAACACGCUAUGUACAAAUAUACAUUAUAUUGGUUUAUAUAUUUUCCUUAUAGUUACAUGACCCAAUGCUGCUUAUUAUUGUGAUUUAAUAUUAUUAUUAUUUACAUUAUUUCAUUUAUACGUACUUCCUUCCUUUUAUGCAAGUGUGGGUUUGAUUGCCAGUGUGUUUGGUUUGGAAAGUGACGAACUGUGUGCCUUCUAGAGGAAUGUUGGUACAUAUCUAUCCACUGCAAGAUAAUGAUGAUGAUGAUGAUGAUGAUGAUGAUGAUGAUCAGUGUUUGUGCAGAAUAAUGACAGCAGCUUUCCUACUCUGCUACCAGGCUGGCCCUGUGUGUAGGAGAGUAGGGCGGAAGAGACAGACAUAGUGAUAGAGAAAGAAAGAUAAGUUUCAGAGACAAAACAAAAGCAAGGCAGGAUUGGCUAUAAAAUGAAAAAUAUAUGAAUGAAUAGCUUUCUCUAUGUUACAAGAACAGGUGGCAAAUGACCAAAACGUACACUAUCAGUCAAAAUUUUGGACACACCUACUCAUUCAAGGGUUUUUCUUUAUUUGACUAUUUUCUAUAUUGUAGAAUAAUAGUGAAGAUAUCAAAACUAUUAAAUAACUACUUUGAAGAACCAUCUAGUAACCAAAAAAGUGUUAAAAAAAUCCAAAUAUAUUUCAGAUUUUCAAAGUAGCCACCUUUUGCCUUGAUGACAGCUUUGCACAUGCUUGGCAUUCUCUCAACCAGCUUUACCUGGAAUGCUUUUCCAACAGUCAUGAAUGAGUGCCCUCAUAUGCUGAGCACUUGUUGGCUGCUUAUCCUUCACUCUGCGGUCCAACUCAUCUCAAACCAUCUCAAUUGGGUUGAGGUCGGGGGAUUGUGGAGGCCAGGUCAUGUGAUGCAGCACUCCAUCACUCUCCUUAUUGGUCAAAUAGCCCUUACACAGCCUGGAGGUGUGUCCCACUAAGCGCAAACCAGAUGGGAUGGCGUAUCACUGCAGAAUGUUUAAGUGAAUUCUAAAAACAUCACUGACAGUGUCAACAGCAAGCACCAUCACACCUCCUCCUCCAUGUUUCAGGGUGGGAACCACAUAUUCGGAGAUCAUCCGUUCAUCUACUCUGUAUCUCACAAAGACAUUGCGGUUAGAACCAAAAAUCUCAAAUUUGGACUCAUCAGACCAAAGGACAGAUUUCCACCGGUCUAAUGUCCAUUGCUCGUGUUUCUUGGCCUAAGCAAGUCUCUUCUUAUUAUUUGUGUCCUUUAGUAGUGGUUUCUUUGCAGUAAUUCGACCAUGCCUAGUUAAAUAAAGGUUAAGUAAAAUUAAAUGAAUGAAGGCCUGAUUCACGAAGUCUCCGCUGAACAGUUGAUGUGUCUGUUACUUGAACUCGGUGAAGAAUUUAUUUGGGCUGCAAUUUCUGAGGAUGUUAACUUAAAUUAACUCAUCCUCUGCAGCAGAGAUAACUGGGUCUUCCUUUCCUGUUGCGGUCCUCUUGAGAGCCAGUUUCAUCAUAGCGCUUAAUGGUUUUUGCGACUGCACUUGAAGAAACUUUCAAAGUUCUUGAAAUGUUCCGUAUUGACUGACCUUCGUGUCUUAAAGUAAUAAUGGGCUGUCAUUUUACUUUGCUUGUUUGAGCUGUUCUUGCCGUAAUAUGAACUUGGUCUUUUACCAAAUAGGGCUAUCUUCUGUAUACCACCCCUACCUUGUCACAACCUAACUGAUUGGCUCAAAUGCAUUAAGAAGGAAAGCAAUUCCACAAAUGAACUUUUAACAAGGCACACCUGUUAAUUGAAGUGCAUUCCAGGUGACUACCUCAUGAAGCUGGUUGAGAGAAUGCCAAGAGUGUGCAAAGCUGUCAUCAAGGCAAGGGUGGCUACUUUGAAGAAUCUCAAAUAUAAAAUAUAUUUACAUUUGUUUAACACUUUUUUUGGUUACUACAUGAUUCCAUAUGUGUCAUUUCAUAGUUUUGAUGUCUGCACUAUCAUUAUAAAUGUAGAAAAUAGUACAAAUAAAGAAAAACCCUUGAUUGAAAGGUGUGUCCAAACUUUUGACUGGUACUGUAUGUAUUAUUGGUACAUUUUAAUGCCUCCUAAUGACCACGUGUUCAUUUGACCAUUUGAUAUUAUGCUUGUGUUACUUAAUUGUGUUGUGUUAUGCAGUGGAGCACUGCUCAAUGCAGGAAAUGCUUUAUUUUCUCCAAUAUCUCUAAACUAUAUGCUUUUUGACAAUCAGCUAUUGAUGCAGUCUUGUGUGUCCAACUGAAUAACUGUACAACAGUAUUCCAUAUUUGAUUGUUGUACUGACUAGGAAGGAUUAGGAAGUUGCAAGUUCUGCCUCAUGUCAAUACAUGGAGUGCACUCAUAUCUCAGAUCAAAUUUGUGACAAAAUGUAAGUGAGGGGAAUAUUUUAAACAAUUACAAUUGUUGUUUAAAUGUAUCAAUAGUUUUUUUGCUCACCUGCAUGACAAAAUUAAUUGAAAUUGACAUUUUUAGAACGUGCCUCAUGUCUUUAGGAUUGGGCUGCAAAUUCCCUUCAUUUGAUCAUCGUUGUCAGCGCAAGUAGGAUUGCCAAUCCACGUUCACCGGGAUGGACUACUCAGUGAAAUAGCUUUAUAGAGACUGUGCUCACCAAGUCAGUUUUCUAGUGUUUGUGAGUGUUUGUGUGUGAGGUGUGCCCUGGAUGACGUGUGUUUUCCCUGUAUCUAAGUUUUGAAAGUGAUGACUGACAAUCUUUGACUGAUUUGAGAUCUAAUGUGGUGACUCAUGAUGUAACUUACUUGUACCUUUUUGUAUUUUUACCCUUCGGAGUUUCUCAUGUCUUCGAUCCUCCUUAAUGUAUAAUACAAUUCUGUUACUCUUGAAUAUAUAUAUUUAUACAGAUAUACAUACUUUAAAAAAUCUUUAUUCUUCCUCUGAGCUAAUGUUCAAACAUCCUUGUCUGCAGUAUUAUAGACAGUAUAAUUUGGACAACAUAUAUAUCUCCUUUUUUACAUAUGUAUGAAUUGAGAAUUUGUAAAAAUGCUUUCACUGUCCUCACGUGUAAAAUAUAUGUAUAAAUUAAAUUAACCAGUUUCUA